AUGUGGUUUCAGAAUAAAGAAAUCCCCGAGGGUCAUCGCCAUUACUUUGCAAUUUACCAUGUUAAAUGCGCUGAGGGAAAAACGGUGAAGGAGAUCUGGACGAAAACAGUGAAGCCAGAUGGAGUAAAACGGAUCGCUGCUGUGUUUGAAAAGAUAACCGAGAAAAAAUAA